AUGUCGUCAAGUCCCAACGGUCAUUUCGCAACUUUAUCAUCGUCUUCGCCACGCAUAUCUGAUAGAGGUCUGUCGCCCCACAAGCUUCAGCGCGACCGCUCGACAUCUAGGACUUCAUCCCGUAACUCUGUGCGCACCCACCACUCCACAAUUUCGUUAGACGACCCAGUUGCCGUGCGGAAUCAGGUCUCAACGUUAAAACACACAAUACGGCACCAGCAAGCUCAACUGCAAACCCUUGAAAACAUCAUUCGUGUCGGCCCGCGCCCAUACGCUCCAGAACUAUCUGACGAUUCUAUCAUGGCGUCAACAUCAUCCACCUCACCGCCCUCAGCAUUCGCCACGCCCAUCGUCUCUCCUGCCACAAAAAUGAAGCGCCGAUCAAGCUAUGACGUCCUUCAGAACAUCGCAGGCCCCGACUCAAGUUUACCUUUACCCCUCCCGAAGCGUGAUGGCCUAGAAGAGAACGGAAUACGCGAAGGCAUCCCGAUGACCUUCGGCGUAACAUCUGUCAGCCCCACGUCAUAUAAGCGCGCUUCCAGUCCCACGCGCACUCUAUCUCGAAUACCAGUUGCAUCAGUAGGCAAUGCACGGGCACUAGCCGACGAGGGACAACCAGCAACGCAGCGACCUUCACCUUCUUCGUCCAAGCUAUCACCAUCACCAAUCGACGCCACCAAUGGCAACGGCGACGCGUUUUCAUCGUCAUCCUUGCAGCCACCUCCAUCUCCGAAUCGAAGAAUAUCGCUCACCUCGGGAGGGACGACAAAAGUGCUAGCGGAUCUUCAAACGGGUGUGGUCAAUGCUCGCAAUGCUCUGGAAAACACAAAAGCACAACUCAGGUUGUCUCAGCGCAGUGUUGCGCAGCUGACCAGGCAGACGGAAGAUUUGAAAGAGGGAAGGGAGAGGUUGAGGUUGGAGAACGAGGGUCUGAACAAUGUCGUGGCGAGGAAAGAGCGACUGCUGCAAGAGGUUCUAGAACGCGCGCGUAAAGCCGAAUCAGAGGCUGCCACUCUCAAAAGUCAACUGAAAACCGAGACUGCGACAUCCAAGAAAUCAUUGCGUGAGAUGGAAACCGCGCUGUCCGAGUCAACGGCUCUCUCACAGAAAUCCGAGCGGGAGUACAUUACAUUGCGAGAGAGCAUUAAGGGUCUUGUGGAGUCGUGGAAGACUGACACUGAUCGACUGCGGGACGAGAUGAGGAAGCGUGAGGAGAAGUUGCAGGUGGAGGCGGAGAGCGUGGGGAAGAAGUACCGGACGCUAGUUGAGGAGUUGAAGAAUGUCGAGUCGGGGAGGGAGGAGAUGCGUAAGUUGCGUGAAGAGGACCUGAAGCGGGCGAAGGAGGUUGAGCAGCAUUGGGUGGGUGAGAUUAAGAGGAUGCAUGAUGAGGUUGAGGCGAGUGUAAAGCAAUGCGAGAAGGCUGGAAAUACGGCAACGACGUUGUCGGAGGAGCUGGCUAGACUACGCAGGUUGAUGCAGAGUGUUGGGCGGAGGUCGUCCACCGACGGCGACGGCCCUUUAUUCCUUAUUCCUGAGGAGGAGCUCGACGUUCCUCCUCCGUGA